AUGUACUUGAGGACAGCGGUGAAGUAUUGGAGGUUGCCGAGGCGGAGGGAGGUAAAAUUUGAUACCUGCACCCUACCCAUAUUUUUGCAGGCCCCCAAGCGUGGCGUCAAGGCACCGGUUCCAGCGAAGAAGAAGCCCGAGAAAGUGACCAACCCGCUGUUCGAGAAAAAGCCAAAGCAGUUUGGGAUCAGGGGCGCGCUGCCGCCGAAGAAGGACCUCCACUGCUUCGUGAAGUGGCCCAAGGUCGUGCGCAUCCAGCGCCAGCGCCGCAUCCUCAAGCAGUGGCUCAAGGCGCCCCCAGCACUCAACCAGUUCACUCAUACCCUUGACAAGAACGUUGGUAUACAUCUCGUCCAUUCACAACCUCUCAAUCAAGCUAUUAUAGGUAGAAUUUGCGAUGGUUGUUAG